CUUUGAGAGCAGAACUGAUGUGUUUUUGUUAACUUCUGGUCUGAGGAGGUGAUGUCGAUGGCCACAGGGUUGCUCGCCAUCAUUUUACUCUGUGCUGCCGUGGCUGGAGCUUCAGCAAGAUCCUCAGAGAGGUUAAGUUAUGGAGCUUCCUGUUUUGCAGAAUGUGCAGGAUACAGUGCAUCAUAUUUCCCCAAAAGAGCUAGAUACAGCUACAGGUAUUCAGCAGUCACCAAUACAUUCCUGCAGGGAAAUAUUUACAAAAGCAGUGGCAUCUCUCUGGAGAGCACAGUGAUCAUUGAAGUAUUGGGGAGUUGCCAGAUGGUUUUGAAAGUGCAAGAUGUACAGAUUAAGAAAAGUUUUGCAUCCAGAGAGGAGUCUCUGAAGGAAGUGGACAGUCUAAGGGGAAUACUAGAACAGCAUCCUCUUCAUUUUUCUUUCCGUGAUGGGAAAGUACUGGAGCUCUGUCCUGUGAGGAGUGAACAGACCUGGGCACUGAACAUCAAGCGAGGCAUUCUCAGUAUCCUGCAGACAGCACAGGAAUUCCCUGCUGGUGCAGUUGUUGAGGAGGUGGAUGUCUUGGGAAUAUGCCCAACCAAGUAUCAGCGAAAGGGUCCCAUUCUUGUAAAGACAAGGGACUUAAACCUCUGCUCCCAUCGCUUUUCUGGUUUGACUUCUGUGCAGUCUGUUGCUCUUCCUCAUGUGCCAGGGACUCUGAGGAUCUGUAUGUGACCAACAUUUUCUAUGAAAGGGAGGUAACUAAGAGGGAGGUCACUGAGGCAGAAGUGACUGAACUGGUGUGGAAGCUUUGCUUAGCACACAGUGCAAGUUAUGAGACUGCAGACCUUUUCAUGACUCUCGUGUUUGAGCUUCAACAUCUUUCUUUUGAGGCCUUAAGAACACUAUGGCAAAAGUCAUCAUUUAAGUGCAGAGACAAUUGGCAACCAUUAAUAGAUGCUCUCCCAUCUUGUGCCACAGAGGCAUGUGUUGUCCUAAUGAAAGACCUCAUAGUUUCUGGAGAAGUUGAGGAAGAUAAAGUAGAAUAUUUCUUCUGGUCAUUUGCAUUCAUUCCUAAUCCCACCUCGGGCAUGAUUGAAUCUCUUGCUCCUUUGCUGAAGUCACCCAGAGCAAGCCAGAGCUGUUUCUUGGGUGUAACUGCUCUUGUACAUAGGUUUUGUUCAGCUCACAGCUCCUGUGAUGUUGUACCUGCUGUGCAGAGUGUGAUGAGGACUCUUGGGGAAUUUUUGGGAGGAAACUGUACUGUGCAAGACUCAGAACAUCUCAGCAAGGUGCAGCUGGCGCUCAGAGCCAUCGGCAACGCGGGCCUGGCAGCGGCCGCGCUGGCUCCGGCCCUCAGCUCGUGCGCGGCCCUCAGGAGCCGG